AUGUUUGCUGCUGCAGCUCGUGUUGCCGUGCGCGCAUUGUCCACUGCCGCCCCGAUUGCCGCUCCCGCCUCCGCUGCCGCCGCCAGCGCUGCCCCUGCAAGCGUCUGGAAGCUUGGCAAGCUCAACCACGUCGCCAUCGCCGUUCCCAAAGCCGAGCCCGCGCGUGCCUUCUACCGCGACGUUCUCCAAGCCAAAGUCAGCGAUAUUCAGCCGCAACCCGAGCACGGCGUCUACACAGUCUUUGUCGAGCUUGGCGACACCAAGAUUGAGCUGCUCGAGCCCUACGGCAAGGAUUCGCCAAUCCAGAACUUCCUCGACAAGAAGCCCGAUGGCGGUUUGCAUCACAUUUGCAUUGAGGUCACCGACAUUCGCAAGGCCAUGGCAGAUCUCGCCGCGCGCAAAAUCCGCGCUCUCAGCAAAGAGCCCAAGAUUGGCGCCCACGGCAAGCCAGUUGUCUUCCUGCACCCCAAGGAUUGCAACGGCGUUCUCGUUGAGCUCGAGCAGGCCUAA